AUGACCGAAGGAGACACCCUUCUCCCAUCUAAUGGCAACGACAAGAGCUACGGCGCUGGCUCGGGGACGCACACGCCAACCAACGCCGCAAACUCACCCCGCCCCAACACAAUCUCCCUUCCCGCCAGCCCCCAGCCGGAUGACAAGGCGGCGGUCCGCAUCGUAACGGCGGCAACGGUCAUCGGGACGGAAACGCAACCCAAGACCACAACCACAACCCCACCUCCAGAGUCCGAGUACCCCGUGCUGGCGUGGGACGUGACCGACACUGGAGGCGCAGGGCACCACCUGUGUUUCCGCGCGUCGCAGUGGCACCUGCUGGGCCGCGACCUGGGAUGGGUCUUCGCGCAUCUGAAUAUGGUCCCGUGGAUCGUCCUGCCUAUGACCUACGACAAGAGUGGCCCAAACAGCUCAAGCUUCCUCGCGGUGAUCGCGCAGGUCAUCAUGAUCCCUUUCUCCCUCAUUCUUACAGUCGCCUUUCUCACUAGUGCCGUCGUGGGUAUCCCGCCGCUCAUCCUCGCACUUGGUGUGCUCCUCCUCUUCAUCUGGAUCGCCGAGAAAGCACAGGGUGCCACGACCCGGUUCGUCACCUCUGAUGAUGCUGUGGGGACCGACACGGAGGCGUGGUUCUUCGUCAAUGGUGUUAUGACGACCAACAGCGGAGCAGAGGACAUUGCAUUGCGCCUGCAUGAGCUGUUCAAGCGCCCGAUCACAGCGGUCCUCAACCGCUCCUACGGCCUCUGGUUUGACCUCCUUGAGUGCAUGAUGCAGCGUGACCUGCUCCUCACUACAAGCGACAUCCGCGUCGGCUACAAGACUGUGCGUAAGGCGGUGCUCGACACACGGCGCAAGCGUAUUGUCAUCAUCGGUCACAGCCAGGGCGGGAUCAUCUCGUCCGCCUGGGCUGACAUGCUUCUCACCGACGUGCCGGCCGAACUCCUUGCCCGCGUCGAGGUUUACACGUUCGCGUCGGCCGCCAACCACUUCUCGCGCCCGGCGGCCGCGGCAGACGGGAGGGGUCAGACCUUUGCGCACGUCGAGCACUUUGCGAACGAGUACGACUUUGUCGCACAGUUCGGCGUGCUCGGCUACGCGCCUGCUCCUGGUGGGCAGAUGGAGGCCGGCGACGACAGGAAUGACCCCCGUUGGGAGCCGUGUACUCCGGCCACGCCAGUCAACAAUUCGGCGCCAUGGGACGGCGCUAGAGACGAGGAAUCUGGUGGCGAGGAGAUGGGUCGGGAUAUCAUCGCGUACGACCCGUCCAAACUCUCACUCAAGGAGAAGCUCGCGCUCGCCAAGCCCAUCUUUGACAACUGGCAGGGCGAGCUGUUGCCUAACGCCAUCGGUGACUUUGGCGGGCGCGUGUUCCUGCGCAUGAACCAUUCCGGACACUUGCUUACGAGCCACUACCUCACCUCUCAGCCUGGCACUUCGAUCCUCGACGACCCUGUUGUCCAGAAGAACUCGCAGCUGGUUACCUACCUGGGCGGGCAGAACGUGAAGGCGUAG